AUGGGUGGUCAAGCACGCAACGAUCAGAAUCCAAAUCAAGAUCUGGAGACGGAGUUGGGAAAUAGGAGGGCCGAGGGUAUGAUCGGGGAGAUAGAAUCGGAGGUUCAGGAGACAACUAGAUUCGGUGAUUGUUUGGGCGUUCAACUAGAAGUUUGGAUUCGAAAUCUGAAAAGGGAGGUUAAAUUUAAUUUUCUUGGUCUGCAAGAAACUCACCAGGCCGAUCUAUCUAAGGAUCCCCUUAGCCGUUUUUGGGAUAGGAGUCCGAUGGAGUGUAGCACCGUUGAUGCGUUGGGCCGCUCCGGCGGAAUUCCGUCUCUUUGGGACCCGGGAAUCUUCACCGCUGAUACGUUCAUGAAGGAUCAGUGGUUCCUGUUAGUCUCAGGAUACAUGAGAGGGAUGGAGGAUCGGGUAAAUGUUAUCAACAUUCACGCCCCUAAUGAUUUGCCUAGCAAACGCCUUCUCUGGGAUUCUAUCAUUGAGAUCAAAGCUCAACACCUGGGGUUGUGGGUCGCCCUUGGGGAUUUCAACGAUGGCCGGGUUUCAGAAUAUCAAAUGAUUGGAGGGAAAUUCACUUACAUAUCUGAUAACUCUGUCAUCAAGUUUAGUAAACUUGAUAGGUUUUUUGUGUGCGAACAAUUCUUGAAUAUAUGGCCUUUUGCGCCCCUAAAAGUCCUCAGGAGGGGUUGGUCAGACCACUGCCCGGUCAUUUUGGCAUGUGGGGCACAGGACUUCGGUCCGGUGCCUUUCAAGUUUUACAAUAGCUGGAUUGGCUCAAAAGAGCUAGACGAUAUCGUAAAAAAGAAUGUGGUACAGCAGGCGACAUUGCAGAAGGGAGAUAUUGUUCUGGCUAAGACCCUAAAGAGUAUAAAGUCAGACAUCAAGUCAUGGAGGGUUGUGACCCACAGGCAGGAAAUGCAAGUGAUGGAAGACCUUGGCAGAGAAGCAGAAAGACUUGAAAAGCUGGCCGAAACUACCAGCCUAAACGCCGAGGAAAAACAAUUGCGGGCGGAAAUUCGGGUUCAACUAAAAAGGAUGGAAAUCGCUAAAAUUAAAGACCUGUACCAAAAAAGCCGGGUGAAAUGGAUUAAAGAUGGGGACGAAAACACAAAAUUUUUCCACGGGGUAAUCAAUACUAACAUUUCGAGAAGCAGGAUAAAUGGUAUUGUGAUCAACGGUGUUUGGGUCACGGACCCUAUUAUCAUUAAAGAGCACAUAUGCAAGUGGUUCAAAAAACAGUUUAGCGAGCCAAUAAGGAGGAGGUCGUGCUUUUCAAACCUGGGCCUGCCUUCCCUCAGUCAGGUUCAGGCCGAGAAUCUUGUGGUAGAUUUUACCGUGGACGAAAUCAAAGAGGCUAUUAAGAAUUGA